GCUUCUGCCAAGCUGGCAACAUCUUUAAAGGAUUAUCAAAGACCAAAUAUUUAAAAUCUGCUGACUUAAUUGAUAAUACAUAAGAGUGCCUAACAACAUGAUAAAGGUGAAAAAAGAUUCAAGCAGUUUGUGCUGUGAGCCUGAGCGGCACCUUAAGGAACUGCAGUUGAUUUCUGAAGACGGAAAACAAAAUAUAAGAACUCCAAAUCAUGUUCCGGAAAUAAGGAUUUGCACUUGUGAAGAUUCAAUAGAGUCAAUGUCGAACAAUAUCUAUUCAAUGCCGCGGCGGACUGAACAAAUGUUGCAGUCGCCAUUGCACAGAAAUAUGCGAUCAGCUCCUAUGCGGUUCAAAGAAUCCAAGAACAUCUAUUCGGAGCCGCGUCGAAAUAGGGAAUUGCAAAAGUCGCCAUUGCAUAGGGAUCUGCAAUCACCUUCUUUGCCGUCUGAAGAUUCGGAGAAUAGAGAACUGUUACCCAAAAGAAUAGAACCCAAAAACAUCUAUUCGAAGCCACGGCGAAUUAUAGAAUUGUUAGAGUCACCAUUGCAUAGAGAUAUGCGAUCAGCUUAUAUGCGGCUCGAAGAAUCCAAGAACAUUUACUCUGAGCCACGGCGAAUUAAGGAAUUGCUAAAGUCACCAAUGCAUAGCGAUAUGCGAUCAUCUUUCAUAAGUCUCGAAAAUGUAUCGAACAAUAUAUAUUCGGAGCCGCGUCGCACUAAAGAAAUGAUGAAGUCACCACUGCACAGACUCAACCCCGUAGAAGAAUCCAUAAAUCGCCACUCAAAGCCGCAUCUCGUUAAGAAGCUGUUUAAGUCGCCUUUGCACAGUGCCAGCAGCUCAACUUCCAUAAUGCUUCAAGAGAAAUCCAAGUCACAUCAUGAGAAAGAUUUGCAGCAGUCAUUAAUACACAUAGACUCUUCAAAACCAUCUGGUGAAUCGAAGAACACAUAUUCACAGCCACGACGAAUAAGAGAAUUGCUACUGUCUCCAAUGCCCAGAGAUGGGCUGCUUAAAAAAUCAUCGCAGUGUGUCAACUCGAAGUCAGAAUUGCAGCAUUCCAAAUGCCAUAAAGAUGUUCGUCCAGUAGGACACAAGCUGCAAUUCAGGGAGCAAUCUAUGAAUACAGUUUUGGAACGCAUUGCAAAUUAUUUCCAACAAAUAACUGCCUUUCAAGAAAUCUCACAACGAAAAAUACAGCAAAUGGGUGUGCAAGACUUUAUAAACAUAAUUGGUCAUCUACUGGCCAACACCGGGACUCUUUCGAAACCGCUGGAUAAAUCCAAUUAUAUAGUGCAAACGAUUAAUGCGAUGGAGCAGCUUAAUUAUCCACAUAAAGUACGAAAAUCAUGGCUAUUGAUGCCCUGUGCAUCCUUGCAACAUGUUCUGGAGAUGCUCAACUUUUUGACAGAUCUUCUGCCAAUGGAAUAGA